UUACCGGGAAACCCGCGUAAAAUUCACCAGAUUUGUUUCUCCGUGAUAUAAAUUACCUACGCGUCUGUUAUAAUUUCGAAAUAAUCGAAAAGUCGUAAAAUGACAAUUAACCUUCGAUAAAACAGAAAACGAAAUUACUAAUUGCAGUAUUGCAGCUACAUUCAACAGUAAAGUGGUAGGUACGUGUGUUGUUGGUGAAAAAAAUAAAAUAAUAAUAAUAAUAAUAUGCGGAAAGUUCCUAAGGAAGCAAUAAGAAGACAGCUGAUAACUUUAUUUCCAGUUAAUAUGAACGUGCUGAUGAUGGGUUGUGCCAUCGGAUGGCUCCCGAAUGCUAUUUAUUUUCUAAUGCACGGAGACGAAGUACACGCUACAUUUUCCCAAUGUGACCUGAUUGCGUCCCUCAGCCAACUCGGAAAACUUGUAUUUGCAAUUCCAGGAGGAUUAGUUGUGGACAAAUAUGGAAGAAAGAAAGUUAUAAUUGGGGUCGCGUUUCUGAAUUUCUUUUCCUGGUUGGGACUUUCGUCAAGUACUUCGCUAAUUGCGAUUUACGUGGGACAAUUCGCACUCGGAGCAGGCCAGGCAUUGACCCAAGAAGCAUAUUCGAUCGCCAUAGGUGAGACUGCCUCUCCAGCCAUACGAGGCCAGCUAAGCAGCGUAUCCCAAAUAUUCUUAACGAUCGGAGUAAUAUUACCAGCCGUAAUCAGCGUGAUUUUUUCCUCUUACAAAAUACUCGCUUGGAUCGUAACACUGUUAUCGUUUCUAAGCCUUCUUUCGAUGGUCAUGGUAUCAGAAACGCCUAAUUUUUUGAUCUCGACAUCGAAAUUCGAUCAAGCCAGAGAAAAAUUGGAAAUAUUACGACGAGGAUGCCCAGUCGAUGAAAUAGAUUCCGAAUUUGAAGAUCUGAAAAAAUACAUCGAGAAUGAAAACGCACGCCGAGAUCAACUCAACUGGCUGACUUUCCUCAAACUGAAAAGCACCCGAGGACCGAUACUCACAGCCAUCUUGAUAAAGUUUUUUACCACUGGAACUGGUAGAAGUUUAAUUACCACUUACGUCACUACCAUAUAUCCAGCUAAUGAAUUCGUACCGAAGAAAUAUUACCCUUUAAUUAUGCAAAUUAUCAUACUUCUAAUCAACGUAUUCACCGCGUUCUACAUAGAAAAGUUUCCUCGCCGAGCCAUCAUCAUUUUUGGAGCAAUCGCUAUAACUUAUUCGAACUCGUUUUCCGCGUUGGUCAACUACAUCCAUAGUAAAAAUCAAAGCGAGAUUUUCAAUGGGUUAUUCUUGCUAGGAAACGUUUUGUAUUUGAUUUUUUUCAACGGUAUGGUACAGCCGAUCAACAGCACUAUUAAAACCGAGCUUUUUCCUCAAGCUGUCAAAGGAUUCGGAGGAUCUGUCACUAUUGUAAGUCAAGCUGUUUCUACUUUAAUUUCCUACCAAACGUAUUAUUUCAUCACCAAGUAUUUUUAUCUUUACGAUAUGUACGUGGUGUUGGCGAUAAAUUCGCUCGUUCUAGCCGCGAUAGUGUAUUUCCUUUUACCCGAGAGUCGUGGAUCAACUCUUGUUGAUGUGCAAAUGAACUUUCAACCAAAUCGAGAACCUUGCAAUAAUGGUUCAAAAGAGGUACGAACAAGAGAAACGUGAAAUACUAGAUCAGUUAUUUAAUUGCACUAAAAGGCUGUUUGGAUAAAAAUGUAUAGUAAAAAAGUAUUUUGUAAAUAGGUAAAUGUCUUUUUUAGUUAAAAAAUAUAUGUAUUUGUACAAUAGA